CCCCGGGGCGUGCCGGAAGCGGGCGGGCCGCGGGCGCAGGCCGCCGCCAUGUCGGCCAUGGCGGGCAGUGCCGCGGAGUGCCUGCGGGAGUGGGAGGAGCUGCAGGACGGCUUCCAGCGCAUCCAGGACAACCACAAGCUGUACAAGCAGAAACUCGAGGAGUUAACCAAGCUGCAGGACGGGAUCUCCAGCUCCAUCGCACGGCAGAAGAAGCGGCUGAAGGAGCUGUCGUUGUCCUUCAAAAAAUGCAAAGCCCAGGCGAGCCCCGAGCAGCAGGAGACCAUCCAAGAGACACAGAACCUGAUAAAAGAGAGGCAGAACGUAUUCUUCGAGAUGGAGGCCUACCUGCCAAAGAAGAACGGGUUGUACCUGAGUCUGGUGCUCGGGAACGUGAACGUGACGCUGCUCAGCAAGCAGGCCAAGUUUGCGUAUAAAGAUGAGUACGAGAAGUUCAAGCUCUACCUCACCAUCAUCUUACUCAUUAUCUCCUCCUCCUGUCGGUUCCUUGUCAACACCAGGGUGACAGAUGCCGUCUUUAACUUCCUCCUGGUGUGGUACUACUGCACCCUCACCAUCCGGGAGAGCAUCUUGAUCAACAACGGAUCCAAAAUCAAAGGCUGGUGGGUUUUCCAUCACUACGUCUCUACCUUCCUCUCGGGGGUCAUGCUGACAUGGCCAGAUGGGCUCAUGUACCAGAUGUUCAGGAACCAGUUUCUCUCCUUCUCCAUGUACCAGAGCUUCGUGCAGUUCCUCCAGUACUACUACCAGAGCGGGUGCUUGUACCGGCUGCGGGCGCUGGGCGAGAGGCACAACAUGGACCUGACUGUGGAGGGCUUCCAGUCCUGGAUGUGGAGAGGCCUCACAUUCCUGCUUCCCUUCCUCUUCUUCGGGCAUUUCUGGCAGCUCUACAACGCGGUCACUCUCUUCCGGAUGCUCCAGCACCCAGAAUGCAAAGAGUGGCAGGUCCUCAUGUGCGGCCUCCCCUUCCUCAUCCUCUUCCUGGGCAACUUCUUCACCACCCUCCGCGUCGUCCACCAGAAGUUCCAGAACAAGAACAAGGACAUGAAGCAGGAUUGAAGUGGGGGGGGGCAGCGUGGGGGCCAGGACUGUUUCUCCCCACGGGCUCCAUCUCCCAUCCCCAUGUCUCCUCGAUGCCGUCCAGACUCUGGUGUCUCACCCCGUUCCUUGGAAGCCUGGGUGUGGGACCUGAAUAGACCCUGUGUUCUCUGCGGUGCUGGAUCCAUGUCCCAGUCACUCCCCUGGAGUUGGGAGCAUCCUGCAGCUCCUGCCCCAUCUGCCUUUACCUCCAGGGGAGCGGCGUGCCUGGGGCUGCUGCUCCCUCCCCUCGGCCCUGAAGCCAGUUACUGGUUCUUGGGGUGAAGCCCUCUGUAAGUGCUCCCCAUCCCAAUGCACCAUUGGGACAAGGCAGUGUCCCGGGGGGACAGCCACCCCUUCCACAGUUCCUGGGGGGGCUAAGGCCCUCCAUGGCCCUCACCUCUCAGAGGCAGCCCUCUUUAUGUUCCAAAGCAGCUGGAAGUGCUGGCUCUUAUCCCAGUUCCUCCUUUACCAUCAAGCCCCAGGGCUGAGGUGGAGGAGCUGCAGCACCCGAGGGGUGGGAGCACCCUGAGCCUGAACCAGGCUUCAUCCUGGAGCUGUGCAAACAGCACCUUUGGCAUCUCUGGAGGAUGCACUUGUGACAAUAAAGGGAAGGUGCUGCCUUGGUCACUGAA